AGCGCGCUCCGGAAGGGCGGGGCCCGCAAGGGGGUGGGUUCUAAAGGUGCGCGCCCCUCCCCGCGCGGUCACAUCAUGCGCGUCCCCAACAGGGAGGGCUCGAAUCUAGGCGCCUGCGCGCACGGCGUCAUCCUGUCUUUAUAUUUCUGCCUUUGACCCUGGUCAUGGAAGCGAAACCUGCUGCUGCUGGGGAGACACCUGCCCUCUCUGCAGCCAUGAAGGCAAAGAUUGAGCGGAACCGUCAGCGAGCCCUGAUGCUGAGGCAGGCUAGGCUGGCUACUAGACCCUACCCUUCUGCUGGUGAAGGCAGCUCUAAAGUUAAAGCACCUCCAAAAAUAAUAGAUACGGGGGCAGGAUUUUUUCUGGAGGAGGAGGAGGAGGAAGAACACACAGUUGAAAAAAUUGUGCAUCCCCCCGGGCCUGUAUUAGAAUGUGAUUACCUUAUUUGUGGAGAAUGUGGUAAGGAAUUCAUGGACUCUUACCUCAUGAACCACUUUGAUCUAGCAACAUGCGAUAAUUGCAGAGAUGUUGAAGAUAAGCAUAAGCUCAUAACAAGGACUGAAGCAAAGCAAGAGUACCUUCUGAAAGACUGUGAUUUUGACAAGAGAGAACCUGUGCUCAGAUUUAUUUUGAAGAAAAACCCUCAUAAUCCACGGUGGGGUGACAUGAAACUUUACUUAAAAGUACAGGUAAUACAGCGCUCUCUUGAAAUUUGGGGUAGUGAAGAAGCAUUAGAAGAAGCUAAGGAAAGCCGUCAAGACAACAGAGAGAAGAUGAAGCAGAAAAAGUUUGAUAAAAAAGUCAAAGAACUACGCCGUGCUGUACGGAGCAGUGUAUGGAAAAAAGACACAAGUAUGCAUCAACAUGAAUACGGAGCUGAAGUAGAAAUGGAAGAUGACCUGUACAAAAAGACUUGUAACACAUGUGGUCAUGAAUUAAUAUAUGAAAAAAUGUAGGAUGGUCUUAGUUUUACCUUAAAUGAACCUUUUGUAGUAGAUUUUUGUAUGUAAUAAAAUGAAGUGCAUCAGGAGA